AUGGAGACUACUAGUAAUACAGCAACUAUUGUACAAGAGUUUAACUCUUUGAUUAGAAAGGCAAAGGAAUGUGAAAGAGAUAACUUCAAAGUAUCAUUGGAUCUCUACAGACAAGCAUAUCAGUUGUUACCUACAUCUCCAAACCUAUUGAAAAAGAUACAGUCAUUGGAGAGGAAGUUGCAAAAGGUACAGGAUGAACUGUCAAGAGAGGACUGGUUACAAUCGACAACAAGUAGUGGUGAAUCAUCACCAUGCUAUGUGAAUGAACAAUGUGAUGACCAACAAGAGCAACAACAAGGAGAGGAACAAGAGGAAGAAUAUGAAGAUGCUUCCUAUACUACACCAAACAUUGAUGACUUUACAAAGAUUGAUCGAACCAAUGUAGAGGACAUCAAGAACUAUAUCGAACGAUUCAAACAAUUGGGAUUUGAUCAAGCAUUGAAGUUGUUAACAAUCGAUGACUUUGCACUCGUCAGGAGCAUGUGUAGAGAUGCUCAACAUAGCGAUGAUGUCAACUAUGGACUAGAGGUUGUAAUGUUCUUCAAAGUGGUGUCAAGUCAAGUGGAUGGAUUGUUGCAGGUUUUGGCAGAUGGUCAACUGGCGUGGAUCAUUCCAAACUGUUUCAUGCAAGAGGAUGAGACCAAAGCAGCCAAUCAUCUUCAAUUAAUGUCCGCCAUCCUAACUCAAACAGGUCCAUUGCCACCAAGUGAACUUGCCAAACUAGACGAUAUGUUCUUGGAGGAAUUGAUCAAUCUUGGACUAAAGUAUCUGGAUUAUUACGAGGAGGAUUGGUUACAUAUAUUCUAUCAUACAUUGCUUGCCUACCAGACACAGUUCACAUCAGAGGGUUACUCUCCACUCAUCAACAAGUUGUAUACAAUCAAGAAAGCACCAGAGUUGAGCACAGAGCUCAUUGCACUUCUAAAUAGAGAUAAGUUUGAAUAUGGACUACUUCCACAAUGCCUUUUAUUCGUUGCCGACUUGUUCAACUAUUCAACCGAGUCACAAGUAUCUUGUUUCUUCUACACAUCAGAUAUACCAAUCGUCAUUGAUAUAAUGGUUCGCAACAUUCAUAAUCUAGAUGAAGUUGAUCCAUUGAGAUGGAAUUACUUGGAGACAUUACAUGUCAUAUUAUCACAUGAUGUUUGGAUCUCGACUCAGUAUCAUCGCGAUGAUAUAUCCACUGUACUUGGCGAUUUGUUGGACGAGCGCUAUGCAGAGAAGGAUCCAAGGUCUGCACUAAUAUCACGUGCCAUCCUAGAUAUGAUCAAUGUAUAG